AUGACGAAUAAAUCUCAACUCCUUGAUGUUUUGACUACUUUAAAGAUGUUUUUUGAAACAGAUGAAACCCAAGCUAAAGGAUUGCUGAUGAACAACCCUCAGUUAUCAUACGGGUUAUUUCAAACAUUAAUAGAGCAAGAUCUAAUUGAUCAAGAUGUUUUACAGCGGGUACCUUUUAAUCAUUUACAAGUCACAAAAUCCGAGCCUACAGUAAUACCUUUGGUGCCGGCGAAUGUAAACCCUUAUGGUCCUAUUAUUGACCCAAAUAGUAUUAUAGCCACACGGCAACAUCAAAAUGUAAUUUACGGAACGAUGCAGCAGCAACAAACGCAACGAUUAUUGCCCUCAUUGACCUCACAAAUUAUUCAACAACCGUCGCAGCUAUUCGUUCCUAUGCAACAACCUAUUGCUAUUCCGCAGUAUUAUCCUAGCAUGAUGAUGCCAAACAUAGGAAAUUUUUGCAUUUCUGCGACUGCUGCACCCAAUUACAGUGGGGUAUCUGCCGGGAUAUAUCAUACUAAUCUUUACACAAAUGAUACUCAAAUGAAAGAGCAGGAUGCGGCGCUUAUUCUUCAAAUUCUUAAUCUCACUCAACAGCAAAUUGAUUUGUUUCCUCUAGAAGAACGUAAUAGAAUCGUAGCAUUGGCAACAAAUAUUGCUUCAUACCAGACGAUAAAAUUACGCGGCUUUAAAACAAGAUUAAUUCAG